GAGGAGGAGGAGGAGGAGGAGGAGCUGCGGCCAGGCCGUGCUGCCGGCGGCCGAUGGCGGCGGGCGGUGGUGCUGGGCUGCUGCCCUUCCUGCGGCUGCUGGGGCAGCUCAAGAGAGUACCGCGGACAGGAUGGGUGUACAGGAACGUGGCAAACCCCGAGAGCGUCUCCGACCAUAUGUACAGGAUGGCGAUGAUGGCUUUGGUGACUGAAGACAAAAGCCUUAACAAGGACAGGUGCAUACGAUUAGCUUUGGUUCAUGAUAUGGCUGAAUGCAUUGUUGGAGAUAUUGCUCCUGCAGAUAAUAUCCCAAAAGAGGAGAAACACAGGAGAGAAAAGGCAGCUAUGCAACAACUGACCCAGCUUCUAUCAGAGGACCUCAGAAAAGAAAUCUAUGAACUCUGGGAAGAAUAUGAAAACCAGUCUACUGCAGAGGCCAAGUUUGUAAAGCAGUUGGAUCAGUGUGAGAUGAUACUGCAAGCAUUUGAGUAUGAAGAGUUGGAAAACACACCAGGCAGACUGCAGGAUUUUUUCAAUUCAACUGCUGGGAAGUUUGUUCACCCAGAAAUACUCCAGCUUGUAUCUCUGAUUAACACAGAAAGGAAAAAAAGAAUAGCUGCUGCAUCUCAUCCACAUUCCUGAGGUGUUCUUAAAUGCUGUAGCCAUAAUAAAUACCUUGGUUUAUAUUCUGGUCAUUA